CAUUGCGCGCAGGAGUUUGCACUGUACACUGUCUCCGUGUGCUCAGUGCCUUGUGCUUGGCUGGGGAAUGAAGUUCAGGGUAGUCAUGCUGUUGAACAACUCUGACACAUGUGGCUGGCCCCUGUGGGCCUCCACUCCGUGAACUGCACAGAGGCCACUUCUGGGGUGACUUUCACUCCCCAGAGCAGCAUUCCAGAGACCCCUGUUGGCAUCCUGUAAGGCCAGGGUUCUGCCUGGAAGUGGAAGCAUCCGCUUGGCCCCGCUGACCCUGGGAUGGGAGCCAUGGGCUUCUCCUGGGCUCAGCACCUGGUCAGCUGCUUCUUCAUAGCUGGUAGUAAGAAGAUGGAAAGUAGUGAUGUCACUCCCAGUGUGUCCCUAGUUGUGGCUUCUAAACUUGGAUGACUUAAAAUCACAACAGCAAGAGAAGCCAACCCCCGCUUUGGUUUGAGCGGGGUCUUUAAGCAAACUUUGUGCAGGGCUCACGGAGUUUGCUUGCAGAGCAGAGAGGCGCUGGUCCACACUCCGCAGGAAGCUUUCUUUCCAUGUCAUAUUCUGUUUUAGUUUUAGACAACUGUGGGUUCCAAUUCUAGCUCUGCCAUGUCGACCCUGGGUGACCUUUUCAGCUACUAAGCUUUCUCCAGGUUUUCCUUCUCUUCUGUGACAGACGUCUCUGGGUGGCUCGUGUGUUCAGCAGCGGCUGCCGAUGGGUCUGUCUUUAGGAGGAAUCCCUUGGACUUUGAAACCGAAGCGCUUUGGCCUUGGGUUUCAGCUCCUUGAAAUAAUUACUCAUCCUCUGAAAUGUCUCAUUCUUGCCUGUACGGAUCGGGGAUGCUGCCUUAGCUCCUUAGUAGUAAGUGGCCCGUGCUGUUUGUUUAUGCGGCAAAACUGUAAAGAAACUGCUUUAACUGUGGCUUUAAAAGGAGAAGCCCCAUCACGUGUAGGAAAGGCAGACUUGGGAAUGUCUACCCAGCAGGGAUAGACAGUGAGUAACUUUGGAGGAAAGAUCUGUGCCGGAUUUGAGGAAACAGUCUUGUAAGCUCCCCUUGUCUUUGUUGAUGAAGCCGCGCCGUCCGGCAGGAAAGGUGGUUAGAAGGCAGAGUGAGGGUCUGUCCAGUGCUCACCUCUAAAUGGUGGUGAUUUCUCGUACCCAGCAGUGCAGUCUCUUGUCUCCUGAUUUGGAGCUGAAGAGGUGACUGUACCGUCUCACCAAACAGCCAAAUGCCAGGAUGCAGAGAAAAGCAUGAAGUCAUCAGAAUAUAAAAACACUGAAUCAGAGCCUAGCAAAAGAACCCUGCCCCCACCACACCCCAUCCCCACCCCUGGGCUGUGGGCAGUCGGCGAUUCCUAGGGCUCAGGGGUCAGUAGCAGGGUGGGUGUGGAUGUGUGGCCGCAGAGGGAAGGAACCUGGGGCGCUGCCUCGUCUUCAGCAGCUCUCUGCUGGCAGCGCAGGGCAGCUGCAUCACCCCAUGUGUAUCUCUUGGCUGGGAUGGGAGCCCCCAGCCCUGCCCCUGUGGCUCCCUCCUCUUUUGCUGUCAAUUUCCGGUUCCCCCCGCAAUCGUCCCCGGCUGACAGCCAGAGGCUUGCCCGGGCAGUGCCGCUGCCACUGCCAUCUCCACUCCAGCUUUGGAACCUUCCUUGAUGGGCAGCGCCCGGGGAGCCCCUGACUCCAGAGCCCCGCUGUUUCCCUGGGUCCCCCCGGCCAACCUCCCGCCCGUGCCCCUGGCCUCUGGGGCGUCGUAAAUACUUGGGCUACUGCGCAGCGCGUGCCCACACCUGGGAAUAAUCAUGCAAAAAUAACAGCGAGGGCCUGCUUCCCCCUGCUUGACAGGCUGCCGCCACCAGCUGUGAGACCGAGGGCCCUCUCUUCCAGCUCCUCCCCGCUGGAGACCUGGGCUCUGCUUCCUUCUCAUAGGUCACAUCAGUGUCCCGUCAAGAUGACAGGAAAGAGCCGUGCCUGUGGAACUGUGCCCCCAGUGGGCCAGGGCUCUGUUCUGUGCCUUUGCUCCAGUUAUUCGUAUUCCCAGAUCCCAAAUCCUAGCCCAUCUGUGAACGAGGGAUCUCUGAUUAGAACCAUACCACCCUUCUCCCCCAUUACAAGUGUCCGUCACGUGUCUGUUGAACUGCCCUUGGAUAGAGCGGAUUCUCGCCUUCCACCUUCCGGGGUCAGACCUAUCGAUUUCCUUUUGGUUCACAUCUCACAGGUAUUUGCAGUCAUGAUAAUGAGACUGUUGGCUGACUGCUCCUGGUUACCAGGCCCUGUACAAUCAAGCCAGCCAGGUGCUGUUUGCAUUUCAUGGGGAGAAUAAACGAGAUGCUGUAGCCACCGGGAGAGCUGGGAUCACACCUCCUGAGACUGAUGGGGACACCGCCCUGGCUUUUCUUGCCGCCCGGGCCCCUGCAGCCAGUCCCUCGCAUGCACUUCUGCACUUGCUGUUGGCAUUGUGCUGUAGCUGUGUGAUGGUUUGGUUGGUGUCAUAGUCGGGCCCACCGCAUAGUCAGGUCCAACGAGCAGGGACCUGAGCAGCCUGGCCCACUGUGGUUCGGGCAGGUGGUUCAGCGCCAGGCCCCCAGCAGGUGUGCAGUCAUGUCAUUAGUUCUGCAGUGGAUGUGGCCCUAGGUGUGGGUGAGCACGAGGAAGAGGUGGCCUCGCGUCGGCAGGAAGAGUUUGCAGAGGUGUGGGACGCACUCUGGGCUUCAUGAAGAUGCCCUCGCUGCUGCAACGUGGGGAUGGAUUAGGCCAGUCAACGGCUGCCAGAUGCAGUGUUUGAAAGAAGCGGCAUCCCCCGGGCUGAGCUGCUCAGGGGUUGACCCCCUGUUUACAGUGCCAGCACCACCGCCGCCGAUUGCCAGCAGUCUCACGCCUCAGAUUCUGCCCUCCUACUUUUCCCCAUCAUCCAAUAUUGCAGCACCGGUUGAACAGCUUUUGGUUCGGACUCGGUCUGUGGGUGUCAAUACGUGUGAAGUUGGAGUAGUCACAGAGCCAGAGUGUCUCGGGCCCUGUGAACCCGGGACCAGUGUGAAUUUGGAAGGGAUCGUGUGGCAUGAAACAGAAGAAGGUGUCCUGGUGGUCAAUGUCACAUGGAGGAACAAGACUUACGUGGGGACUCUCCUGGACUGCACCAAGCACGACUGGGCUCCCCCAAGGUUUUGCGAGUCACCAACAAGCGACCUGGAGAUGAGAGGGGGCCGGGGCCGAGGGAAGAGAGCGAGGUCAGCCGCCGCGGCCCCUGGCUCCGAGGCCAGCUUCGCGGAGUGCCGGGGGCUGCAGAGCAAGAACCGAGGGGGGGCCAAUGGGAAAGGGAGGCGGGGCAGCCUCAAUGCCAGCGGCCGCAGGACGCCCCCGAACUGUGCCGCCGAGGACAUCAAAGCCAGCCCUUCCUCCACCAACAAGAGGAAAAACAAGCCCCCCAUGGAGCUGGACCUCAACUCCAGCUCCGAGGACAGCAAGCCCGGGAAGCGGGUACGCACCAACUCCAGAAGCACCCCUACCACGCCCCAGGGGAAGCCGGAGGCCACCUUCCUGGAUCAGGGCUGCUCCUCUCCUGUGCUGAUCGACUGCCCCCACCCGAACUGCAACAAGAAGUACAAGCACAUUAACGGCCUGCGCUACCACCAGGCCCAUGCACACCUGGACCCAGAGAACAAGCUGGAGUUUGAGCCCGACAGCGAGGACAAGAUCUCGGACUGCGAGGAGGCCCUGAGCAAUGUGGCCCUGGAGUGCAGCGAGCCCAGCACAAGUGCCCCAGCCUACGACCAGGCCAAGGCCCCCGCGUCUCCUGGUGCCGGGAACCCCCCUGGGACCCCCAAGGGGAAGAGAGAGCUGCUGAGCAAUGGCCCGGUCGCCACGCUCGGGUCCAAAGCUGGAAAGAAUUCGGGCAAAAAGAAGGGCCUGAGUGCUGACCUCAGCAACCUGCCCGUGAUCUCCAACAUGACGGCCACGCUGGACAGCUGCUCGGCCGCCGACGGCAGCUCGGCCGCAGAGAUGCCCAAACUGGAAGCCGAAGGGUUGAUUGACAAGAAAACUCUGGGAGAGAAGGAAAAGGGCCGGAAAGCCAGCAACUGCAAAAUGGACAAGAACCUGUCCAAGCUGAAAGGCGCCCGGCCCAUCGCCCCAGCGCCCGCGCCCACCCCCCCGCAGCUCAUCGCCAUCCCCACGGCGGCCUUCACCGCCACCACCACGGGGACGAUGCCUGGCCUGCCCUCCCUCACCACCACCGUCGUCCAGGCCACGCCGAAGAGUCCCCCGCUGAAGCCCAUCCAGCCCAAGCCCACCAUCAUGGGAGAGCCGCUCACCGUGAACCCGGCUCUCGUGUCACUCAAAGACAAGAAGAAAAAGGAGAAGCGGAAGCUCAAAGACAAAGAGGGCAAGGACUCGGGCAGCCCGAAGACGGACGCCAAGCUGGGGAAGCUGGAGGAGCCCAAGGGGGCGGCGGGCAAGGACCUGGCGGGGCAUUUCCUGAAGGACCACCUCACCAAGGGCGAGGGGCUGGCCAAUGGCCUGGCGGAGUCCCAGGAGAGCCGCAUGGCCAGCAUCAAAGCCGAGGCCGACAAGGUGUACACGUUCACCGACAACGCGCCCAGCCCCUCCAUCGGCAGUGCCUCCAGGAUGGAGUGCAGCACCCUGGUGAACGGGCAGGCGCCCAUGCCCGCCCUGCACGUGCUCGCCCAGAACGGGCCCGAGAGCUCGGCGGCGAAGACCAGCAGCCCCGCCUACUCAGACAUCUCGGACGCCGCAGACGACGGGGGUUCGGAUAGCAGGUCGGAGGGCAUGAGGUCCAAGGCCAGCUCCCCAUCGGAGAUCCUCUCUGGCAAGGACGGCGUCGCCAGGGGGCAUCCUGCAGCCGCAGCGCAGGCGUCUCAACUGAAGGAGUCCCCCUCCCCCUAUUACCACGGCUACGACCCUUACUACUCCCCCAGCUACAUGCACGCGGGCCAGGCGGGCGCGCCUGCAGCCGGGACCGGCGGGAGCUCGCAGGGGAUGAAGGUGAAGAAGGAGUGUGAGGAAGACGCCGAGAAGAAAGACAAGGCAGAGCAGUUAGAGUCUAAGAAAGGGGACCACGGCGCUGCCCCCCUGCAGCCGCAGCACCAGUCGGUGAUCACCCAGAGGCACCCGGCGCUGGCCCAGUCCCUGUACUACGGCCAGUACGCCUACGGGCUCUACAUGGACCAGAAGUCCCUGAUGGCCACCAGCCCCGCCUACAGGCAGCAAUACGAGAAGUACUACGAGGACCAGAGGCUGGCCGAGCAGAAGGUGGCCCAGGCCGGGAGAGGAGACUCUGAGCGGAAGCAUGAGCUCCCCUUGAAGGAGCUGGGCCAGGAGGACGGUAAACAGAAACACGUGCCGUCGGCCACGGUCUCAAAAGCUCCCUCUACCCCGGAGCCUAGCAAAAGCCAUUCUAAACUAGGGCCUUCCGUGCCUAAUAAAACUGAGGAGACAGGUAAAUCGCAGCUUCUCUCCAAUCAGCAGCAGCAGCUUCAGGCCGACAGCUUCAAAGCUAAGCAAAUGGAAAACCACCAGCUUAUUAAGGAGGCUGUAGAAAUGAAAUCUGUCAUGGACUCUAUGAAGCAGACAGGUGUAGACCCAACCUCGAGAUUUAAACAAGACCCAGAUUCAAGGACUUGGCAUCAUUAUGUGUACCAGCCCAAAUAUCUGGAGCAGCAAAAGUCCGAAGAGCUUGACAGAGAGAAGAGAUUGAAAGAGGACAGUCCGAGGAAAACCCCUAACAAGGAGGGCGUGGCGUCCAGCCUUCCCGUGUCCUUGGCGAGCAUCAAAGAGGAGCCCAAGGAAGCCAAGCGUCCCGAUUCCCAGCCGCUGGAGGAGAACAAGCUGAAGAGCGACGACCGGAAGACCCCUGUGAACUGGAAGGACUCGCGGGGAAGCCGCGUGGCCGUGUCCUCCCCCAUGAGUCAGCACCAGUCCUACAUCCAGUACCUGCACGCGUACCCAUACCCGCAGGUGUACGACCCCAGCCACCCCGCCUACCGGGCGGUCUCGCCUGUCCUCAUGCACAGCUAUCCUGGGGCCUAUCUCUCGCCAGGAUUUCAUUACCCUGUCUACGGGAAGAUGUCGGGGAGGGAAGAGGCCGAGAAAGUCAACACCAGCCCCAGCAUCAGCGCGAAAGCAGCCACCGAGUCGAAAGCCCUGGAUCUGCUGCAGCAGCACGCCAGCCAGUACCGCAGCAAGUCUCCCGUCCCGGUGGAGAAGGCAGCGGCUGAGCGGGAACGGGAGGCCGAGAGGGAACGAGACCGCCACUCGCCGUUCAGCCAGCGCCACCUGCACACACAUCACCACACCCACGUGGGCAUGGGCUACCCGCUGAUCCCCGGGCAGUACGACCCCUUUCAAGGCUUGACCUCUGCCGCCCUGGUGGCCUCCCAGCAGGUGGCUGCCCAGGCCUCUGCCUCAGGAAUGUUUCCUGCACAGAGAAGAGAGUAACAGGAGUGGAAGUGUCCGUGGCCAUGUGACUGGAUCACAUGGGGAAGGCUUUAUACAGACAUCAGUUCCAUGGUGUUAAUUUGAAAUGCCUUAAUGGCAGGCAAAAACCAGUCAUUUCAUUUUUGUAAAUUACAGAUUUUAUCACAGAGUAACAAAUGUUGCUGUAAUUAAACUUCUGUUUUAUAUAUAUAUAUAUAUACGUAUACAUAUCUGUAUAUAUACAUAUAUAUAUAAAUAUAUAUAUAUAUAUUCUUUACUUUUUGUAUCAGUAACCAGGCUCGCACACACAGGGUCUGCUACCAGUCAGUGAAAGGAGAUUUUUAAAGACAUACCUGUCACGUUGAGAAGUGUUAGCCGUGUUCGAACGGCUGCUUUUCCUUUUUCUUUCCUUUUCCUUUGCAACUGUAAAUAAAUACCGUUCCGUAUCGUGUGCCUGAACCUUGCAUCUCCUUCCUGUGUUUCCCAGAAGCCCCUCAGUGAGGCGACGACACUUGGGUACAAUGUAGAUGUCUACUUGGUGGCUCCUGUGAAAGACGCAUCAGUGGAACAUGUUGCUGUGGUCACUGUGUGUGCUUGUGUAUCGUGGGAAAAAAUACUUUUGGAAGGCAUGGGGUUGCCAGUACCACAAAAACUGUGUUGUAUAUAAUGUAAACAUGGAAAGGGGGAGACGGUGAGCAUCUGUGAAUAAUGAGGUGUCAUUUUUGGAUAAUCUUGAAUGGCAGAUAACCCAAUAGCCUGCGUACCAGAGACAUCUGUGAUUGUUCUAUUACUUGAAUAGUCCUGCGGUCCUUCUUUUUGUUCUGUUUUGUUUUUUUAAAUGUUUACAAUUAUCCAGUUUUAGAAAAGAGAGACUUUAACGCCAUUGCCUGGUUACUUGUUUUAUGCUGUAAUCUAGUUUAUUUUAUGUAAAAUGUAUAUUGAAUGCUUUCCUUUUUUAUACCUGCCUUAAAUAAUUUGGCAAUCAGAAUUAAAAAAGGUUUUUUUUUUUUAUAAUGGCUUCUUGUCUGUCUCGUGUUAUUUCUGGCUGGCUGAGAGUGACCCUCACUUUCAAACGAGGGUUUCUGCGUCUCGAAACCUGAAUGCUUAACAGAACAGUGCCCAGACAUUCACCUUUGUAUGGAAGAACACAGGCUUACUUCUUAGUGCUGUAUUUAACUGAGUGACUGUGCACUUACUAAGGGCUGUCUUCCCCCAGCGUGAGGCGUCUCAUCCCUACAGAUGGGUCCUGAUGCAUUUCUGCCGUGUGGACUGACAGGCCAGAUGUAAAUCCAGGGACAUGGGGACAGGAGCUAAAACGCAUCAGCCAGGCAGCCAGCGGGCGUUGAACUGCUUUACUGGAAUGUUCCGUGCCACACUUGAACUCCGCCUGCCCUCUCCCUCCUUUCCUCCCAGCCACUACUCACCCCGGGCACUGUGCAGAGCACUAGGGUAAAGCAUGGAUUGAACAGACAGCCACUCCUGCCCGCGUGGAGCUGGCAUUUUCCAGGGCCUGGGCAAGAUACGUUCGUAACAUACAGGGGUGUUAGAUGCUGGAGGAGCGCAGCCCAGCCAGAGGAGCAAAGCCCGGCAGGGGCAGGAGGCCAAUAUGGGGCAGUAAACGGUGCUGAGCAGAGUCCACGGGGAGGCCUCGGGACCGAGCCAGGAGGCCUGGUUGCCCUGCAGAGGUGGAGAAGCAGGUGCAGGGCCCUCCGGGGGAGGGUGCACGGGCACUGGCGCUGGCAGGGGGUCAAGGCUCAAUCCAGCUGUAGGCUUUUAGGACUUGACUGUAAUGGCUAAGUACAGGUUCUGCGCCUUGGAUUACCAAGAGGUUAGAUUGGCAGAAUUGGUCUUGGUGUAAUUUGGUUGGUUCUAUUGGGAGGCAUUGGCUUCACAAAUGAAUGGACUUUUUGCCAUCGCGAGGGGCACCUCCCUGCCUUUGAAAGGCCACCUGCAGGUGUCACAUUUGCUGCCUGCCUUUGGAGCCCCGUCUGUGUUCUUCGUAUGUUUCAGUGGUAGGAUAGUUUUUCUCCCAAGUUCCAGCCUGUCUUUGAAAUUUCAUUUGUGUCUCCAUGUGUGAAACCAUUGCUUAUGGUGCCUGUUCCUGCACUUGCAAGGGUCCUCAUGUAUUUCUCAUCAUCUUGAAGCUAUUAAAAUUUUCAGUUCUUAA